AGCAGCAGCAGCAGCAGCAGCAGCAGCAGCAGCAGCAGCUCUGCAGGUGAAAAACACCUGACAGAUUCAAAGUUCAGAGUUCAGAGUCCAUGUGGACGUGGACGGAGCAGCAGAGGAACCAGGUGAAGACUCGGCUUCACAGAUCCCACCUGGACAGAAAUGUUGGCGUCAGGUUAGAGGAGACUCAGCUUCAGAUGAAGGUAGAAGGUGUGUGUGAGCUGAUGUGAAUCCAGCAGCAUGGAUCAGUGUGAGGACAGAGAGGAGGGAGUCCUUCCCUCCAAAACCUCCCCGAGGGGAAAACCUGAGAGAGAAGAAGAGAGGAGACCUGGACCUGGACCUGGACCUGGACCAGGACCUGGACCUGGACCUGGACCUGGACCUGGACCUGGACCUGGACCCAGCUGUGUGUCCUUGAAGAGUAAUGAAUCAAAGGAUUUUUUUAUCGGUUUUAAAGAGUCUCCUGGUUUUCCUUCAGAGAGAGUGGACGAGCAGAUCUCAGAGUCCCCCAGCGGUCCGUCUGUCCAGCAGCAUCAGACCCAGCUGGACUCCGUCUUUCAGCUGCUGGAGGACGACAUCGUCAUGUUUGUGAAGGACGAGCUGAAGAAGAUCCUGAAGGUUCUGAGUCCAGAUUACCCAGAAUCCUCAGAGAGUCUGGAGGAGGAUGAAGAUGAAGAACAGAAGAGCAUCAGAGAGACAUUCAUGAAGAUCACAGUGAAGUUCUUGAGGACGAGGAAGCAGGAGAAGCUGGCUGACCUCCUGCAGAGCAAUACCGUCGCUGCCGUUUGUCAAUCCAAACUCAAAGUUCAGCUGCAGAAGAAGCACCAGCAUGUGUUUGAGGGGAUCAUUAAAGCAGGAAACCCAACCCUUCUGGAGCAGAUCUACACGGAGCUCUACAUCACAGAGGGAGGGACCGGAGAGGUCAAUGAAGAACAUGAAGUCAGACAGAUUGAAGCAGCUUCCAGGAAACCAGACGGAGCAGAAACAGCCAUCAGACAGGAAGACAUCUUCAAACCCCCACCUGGAAGAGGAGGACCAAUCAGAACGGUGAUGACGAAGGGAGUGGCCGGCAUCGGGAAAACAGUCCUAACACAGAAGUUCAGUCUGGACUGGGCUGAAGGCAGAACCAACCAGGACAUCCAGUUCCUGCUUCCAUUCACCUUCAGACAGCUGAAUGUGCUGAGAGAGGAGAAGUUCAGCUUGGUGGAACUAGUUCAUCUGUUCUUCUCUGAAACCAAAGGAAUCUGCAUCUUUGAAGAGUUCCAGGUCGUGUUCAUCUUUGACGGUCUGGAUGAGAGUCGACUUCCUCUGGACUUCCACAACUCUACAAUCGUCAGUGACCCCAGAAGGUCCACCUCAGUGGACGUGCUGCUGACAAACCUCAUAAGGGGGAACCUGCUUCCUUCUGCUCGUCUCUGGAUCACCACACGACCCGCAGCAGCCAAUCAGAUCCCUCCUUACUGUGUUGACAUGGUGACAGAGGUCAGAGGGUUCACUGACCCACAGAAGGAGGAAUACUUCAGGAAGAGGUUCAGAGAUGAGGAGAAGACCAGCAGGAUCAUCUCCCACAUCAAGACAUCACGGAGCCUCCACAUCAUGUGCCACAUCCCAGUCUUCUGCUGGAUCACUGCUACGGUCCUGGAGAAAGUCCUGAAAACCAAAGAGGGAGGGGAGCUGCCCACGACCCUGACUGAGAUGUACAUCCACUUCCUGGUGGUCCAGGCCAAACUGAAGAAGGUCAAGUAUGAUGGAGGAGCUGAGACAGAUCCACACUGGAGUCCAGAGAGCAGGAAGAUGGUGGAGUCUCUGGGAAAACUGGCUUUUGAGCAGCUGCAGAAAGGAAACCUGAUCUUCUAUGAACCAGACCUGAGAGAGUGUGGCAUCGAUGUCAGAGAGGCCUCAGUGUACUCAGGAGUGUUCACCCAGAUCUUUAGAGAGGAGAGCAGCCUGUACCAGGACCAGGUCUUCUGCUUCAUCCAUCUGAGUGUUCAGGAGUUUCUGGCUGCUCUUCAUGUCCAUCAGACCUUCAUCAAGUCUGGAGUCAACCUGAUGGAAGAUCAGACAACCUCUCUCACAUCUGAAACACGAGAAGAAGUUCAGGAGGAAGAUGAUGAAGAUAAAAUUGACGAUGAGGAUGAGGGUGAAGUAGAAAAAUAUGAAGAUGCAUUUGAAAAUUAUGAAGAUGAAGAAUAUGAUGAUGAUGAAGAUGAAGAGACUCGCUUCUAUCAGACAGCUGUGGACAAGGCCUUACAGAGUCCAAACGGACACCUGGACUUGUUUCUGCGCUUCCUCCAGGGUCUUUCACUGGAGACCAAUCAGAACCUCUUACGAGGUCUGAUGACAUCAAACCAAAGAAGAUCACAGAACAAUCAGGAAACUAUCAAAUACAUCAAGAAGAAGAUCAGUGGGGAUCUGUCUGCAGAGAGAAGCAUCAACCUGUUCCACUGUCUGAAUGAACUGAACGAUCGGUCUCUGGUGGACGAGGUCCAACGGUCCCUGAGGUCUGGACAUCUCUCCACAGAUAAACUGUCUCCUGCUCAGUGGUCGGCUCUGGCCUUCAUCUUACUGUCAUCAGGAGAUCUAGAGGUGUUUGACCUGAAGAAGUUCUCAGCUUCAGAGGAUGCUCUACGGAGGCUGCUGCCGGUGAUCAAAGCCUCCAAGAAAGUUCUACUGAGUGGCUGUCACCUCUCAAAGGACAUCUGUCCACUUCUGUCCUCAGUCCUCAGCUCUCAGUCCUCCAGUCUGACAGAACUGGACCUGAGCAACAACGACCUGCAGGAUUCUGGACUGGAGCAGCUGUGCCCUGGACUGGAGAGUCCACACUGUCACCUGGAGUCUCUCAGGCUGUCAGGCUGUCUGAUCUCAGAGGAAGGAAGUUCUUCUCUGGUCUCAGCUCUGACCUCCAACCCCUCCCACCUGAGAGAGCUGGACCUGAGCUACAACCAUCCAGGAGAGUCAGCAGGGAAGCUUCUGUCUAGACUGAAGGAUCCCCGCUGGAGACUGGACACACUCAGGGUGGAGCCUGCUGGACAACAAUUUCUGACACCAGGUCUGAGGAAGUAUUCCUGUCAACUCACCAUCGACACAAACACAAUCAACAACAACAUCAAACUGUCUGACAAAAACAGGAAGAUGAUGUUUGUAGGGGAGGAUCAGUCAUAUCCUGAUCAUCCAGACAGGUUUGAUCUUCCUCAGCUGCUGUGUAGAGAAGUUCUGACGGGUCGCUGUUACUGGAGGUCCAGUGGAGCGGAGGUGUUUCUGUAUCAGUGAGUUACAGAAGAAUCAGCAGGAGAGGAAACUCUGGUGACUGUGAGUUUGGAAGGAACGAUCAUUCCUGGAGUCUGGACUGUUCUCCAGGUGGUCAUUACCGUGUCUAUCACAAUAACAGAGUAACAUUCAUCUCCUCCUCAUCUCCACCUUCAGACUCUAACAGAGCAGCAGUGUACGUGGACGUUCCUGCUGGAACUCUGUCCUUCUAUAAAGUCGUCUCUGACAGACUGAUCCACCUCCACACCUUCAUCACCACCUUCUCUGAACCUCUCUAUCCUGGAUUUAGUAUCUGGUCCAGUUCUGGUUCCUCAGUGUUUCUGUGUCCAGUUUAGUCUCCAGAGUCUCCUGUCAGAGAAACUGUCUCUGUUGGAUCCUGGACUUGGACUCUGGUUCUGGUUCCUCAGUGUCUCCAUCAGGAUGAUGAUGAUGAUGAUGAAGGUGCUGUUGAUAAUAAUGAUGAUGAUGAAGAUAAUCACCGAUAACCUUUAGUUUUUGGGUUUAUUGUAUUUUAUUUGAUCUUUUUCACAUUUAAACAUUAAAUAAUUUAUUGGAUUGUUGAUGUUUGAUCAUAAAUUAGAUUUUUAUCUCGUUAUUCUUGUUUUAUUAUUGAUUCUGUCUCUAAAUGUUUUCAUGUUUGACUUCACGUUUAGAUUCUUAAAGUCUUGUUUCUUCCCUGAAACAAAGUUUGAGCUUCAAAUCUAAACAUUUCCAUUUUACAUUCAACUUUUCCAGUUUGUAUAAUCUUUGAUUGAUUUAUCUGAUUGUUUUAAUUUGAUUCCUUCAGUUUUCAAAGUUGUUGAUGUAAAAAUGAAGUGAGAAGAUGGAAAUAUUCAUGCAACAUCCAACAUGUAAAAGUAUUCAAGUACUCUUGAACCAGUUUUUUAAGGAAAGGUUUAUUUACUGCAACUUUAAAAACAUGAGGUAAAUAUCCUAAAUUUAGGGAUAAGUUGAUCUGGUCCAGUAUUGUCAUACCAAAAAGAGAAUAAAAUAUGUACAUAUUUCUGUACAAAACAUGUUUAGAUAAAUGUAAAUGACCUUUUAUGUUGCAUGUGCUUGUUAAACAUGAGAAUGUAACAUGUUUCCUGCUGGGUAUUGAUCUGGUCCUGGUCCUGGUCUGAGUCCUGGUCCUGGUCCUGGUCCUGGUCUGAGUCCUGGUCCUGGUCUGAGUCCUGGUCCUGGUCCUGGUCCAGGUCCUGGUCCUGGUCUGAGUCCUGGUCCUGGUCCUGGUCUGGUCCUGGUCCAGGUCUGAGUCCUGGUCCUGGUCCAGGGCUGGGUAUUGGUCUGCUGCCAAAGGUCUGAAUAAAACAAUCUGAACAGAAA